CAACGAGCCCAACGAGACGCCUCACUGACGUUUAGCGUAUUUUACGUUUUUAUUGUUUUUAUUUACCACACGUAAUUCCGCUCUUUGUCUGCUUUGUUUAUCUCGCGAAUCAUUAGGACUGCUAUAAGAUGAACGCAAAUAAAUGAAGAAUGGGUUGCGUCAAUAGCAGAGCAGACGUUAACGAUCUGCACCCCAACAUUUUCCAAGUAAUGAACGUGGACGACGAUGGUAAUUUCAUUUCCCCUGGACGUUUAGAAGUUACCGAGGUAGACAUUAUAUUGUAUCAGCGUGGCAAGCAGCCGAUUAAAUGGCCAUUGCGCUGUUUGCGACGGUACGGCUACGAUUUGGAAGGACUCUUCAGUUUUGAGUCGGGCAGACGCUGUUCCACAGGUCCUGGUAUAUAUGCUUUCAAAUGUCGGAGAGCCGAAGAACUGUUUAAUCUUGUACAAACGAAAAUUCAGGUACGCAACAACGGAGGAGACGACACGCUGUCGCGAGACCUUCCAAUACCGUCGCAUCCCGCUACAUCGGUAGCAAAUGCGGCAAUGCAAAUGGAGCCUAAUUAUUUGGAUCCAAUAUCGUCGAGAAGUAACAAUCGUACGGGCUCUAGAUUCCCUCACAGCCAGCAGAACGGCAUCAGAAGAUUGAGCAGUGUGGGAAGCAGCAGUGGCCCUAUAUCUCCCCAAGGAACCUUGGGAUCACCGUCGCCACCCCCUAUGCUUCCACCACCGCCACCGAUUUCUCAGCCCCAUCCGUCCUCUCUGUAUGUCAAUGAGGAGGUCUUGUCGUCUCUCCCCAUUGAAAUGGAGCGCAACAAUAAUAAAAGCCUUGGAAGAACAGUACAAAGAUCGCCGCAAAACGCUUCUACAGUUAAUAACGCGACUUCCGUCAGUGGACCUGCGGAAACGGAAUUGAUACCCAUUCAAUGUAGCACAGAAAUAACCAGUUACGACGCGACGUCACUGUUGCCGACUACGGUGCCCUAUAUGAACAUAGACAUCUGCAGCGAAUCGAACCCAAUCUCGCCGACGCACAGUACUACCGAGACAAAUCAGCUCAAGGAGGAAAAUAACGACAUGGACGGAUCCGAGCACGCGUAUAUGAACAUAGGUCCCAGACAGGAUCACAUUGUGGAAAACAUUGCCAUCAGAGUACGUCCACCUCCGUUGCCCGUCUUGCAGUCGGACGUGGAAGAAGGCUCCAGGCAUUGCUACGCUAAUCUAGAGGCGAGCGAAAUCGAGAGUCUGAGGAAGAGAUUCUCUGGCACCUCGGUGGCCGAGAGGUCACCCUUAGCACCCUCCACGCCAACGGGAUGUCCGAUCAGGGAGGUAAAUUAUGCAGUUUUGGAUCUGGAUAAGAAAGACGCACCCACCGGCGCAUCCAACAAUGCGGUAAACGUUGCCCCGUCUCCCCCCGAGUCUCCGAACAAGCCGCAACAAGGCUACGCCACGAUAGAUUUCAACAAAACGGCCGCUCUCUCGCACUCGGUUAAUCCCAACCUCGUCAACGAUAACGAAGGCUGCAGAAAAACUCGUCACAACUCUACGAUAAGCGAUCUGGUAGCUCCGUGCAGGCACAAUUCAGUAAGUGAAUAAAUAAGCGAGCUCGAGUGGCAUAUUUUAUAUAGAUUACAUCGUCUAACGACAUUCGUGUAACGACUGUCUAUCGUGUUCUUCGUUGUAGAAAAAAGGAAAAACGCAAAAAAUUGGGGAUGAUUGGAUUUAGUUCUAUCACGAGUUUCUGCAACUCAUCAAGUCAUUUGAUUGCGCGUUAAACUUUCAACGUUUUUUCGUAUAUUGGAGACUACAUAGUAGUUGAUAUAUACAAUGAGAUAUUCUAGUGUAUGAAUUUGUACAAGUUUUCAGUGCAUUUUAUCAGAGCAACAGUAUUCAUACAUACUAAGUCUUGUUUCCAAGUCAGAAUAAGGCAGCAUAGAGAGAAUGUUUUUAUACGAGAAACGUAUAGAUAAGUUUUUAGUACUUCAUGCAGUCAGAUUUUUUACAUUUAGCAUUUUACAAAGUAAUGUGGAGGAAUUGGAAGCUAAAGUGCCCUAAUCUUUUUCUGUAAAUAUCGUAGAAUUUAAUGUGGCUCAAGUGAUUGUAACGAAUACACAAAGUAUGGCAUAAUAUAAAGAAAGUAUGAUGUAAGUUGUCACUGAUAACGAGAAUCAUAUUAGAGGGAUUUUUCAGUGAUUGCUGUCAUUUAUUAGUUAUUAUAUUUAUCAUCAGAGCUAAUAACAACAAAGUCUAAGUUUAACAUAACUGGAGUAAAAAUGUCACUUAAAAUAAGAUCGUGGAUCGAUUCAUUUAGAUUUGAUAUAUGUGUGACGUGAAUAAUUAAUAAUAUAUAAUAUUAAGAGCAGUGUUGAAACAACUGAUGCAGGAAUUUGUUAAAUUCCGAAGAUUAUAUUUCCGUUUUUUCUUUUUGUGAGAGAGAGAGAGAGAACGAGAGUUCAUACGAGUUUUAUAUGUAUACACAUAUAUAUAUAUAUAUAAUUAUAAAAAUUUAUCCAUUAAAUAUUGCUGAUACAUAUGUCAGCAUAAUGUUAUUGAUUCAAGUCGAAGACAACCUUUUCUUUCUAGUAAUUCUUAAUCUAGUAAUGAAAUUACAAUACAUCCAAGAUGUAAAUAACCAAAAAUUCUUUUGUAGAUAAGUUCAUGUACGUUGUUGUCUAGUAUAUUUAUAAUCGUUAUAAAAAAUUGGAUUGAAACCAAAUAUAUCAUAUAUUUAUGUUACCAAGAAUAUAAUCCAAGAGACAUAGAUAUAAUUGAAUUAAGUAAUUAAGUAAUUGGAUAAGCUUAUUUAUCAAUCAUGAAACAGUUUCUGAUACACGUGCAUAAAUACGGUUGCUUUAUGUGACAAAAGAUGUAGAAAAAUAUUAGGAAUAUAUUAAUAAACUACAUAUUAUUUUCUACAUAACUUGUAUUUCAGUUUUCGUUAGUGAAAACUCAAUGUGAGCUGCUUUAUUCUCGAUAUAAAUUUGACAUAUAUAAACCGUUAAGCCACACAAAUAACAAAUUUUAUUAAAGAGAAGUCGACUUUUCUUAUAGAAUGGACGGAAUUUUUGUAUCAUAUUUCUUUGGGGACGUUGCAUUUUAGAUCGUAUAUCUUUAUCCUAAGAGUUCCUUAAGUAUAAUAAGGAAUUGUUUAACGUAAGAAUAAUAGAUUACUGAGAUAAUCGAAAAUGCCAAAUUUUACAUAGAUUUAUUAUAUAAUUAACUUUAUAUGAAAAUAUAUAUUGUAUACAUAUAUAUGCCUGUUUUCUUUUUGCUAUUUCCUGUUUGCAGGAAAAAAUUAUUAUUAUUUAGCACGUAUUUGGUACAUAUUUCUAACAGCGCAAUUUUGUAUUAUCAUAAUUUUCGAUUACUUGAAAAUUGAUUGAUAGAAAAUUUUUCUGGCUUUAAUAUUAAAAAGAUUUGUAUGAAAAAAAACUUGCCUUAAAUAGAGACAUAUUUAAGGCAUUGUCAACAAAAAUCUUUGUUAAUAAGAAUUUGAUAGCAAGGAAAUAUUGGUUUAUGUGUUACCCCUUAAAUCUCUGACGUGCAUUAUUUACCAAAGUAAUUGUAUAAGUCUUCAUUUAUUUAAAUAGUGAGAAGAAUUCAGGCCUAUCCAAUUUAUUAGAAAUGGGCAAAAAUCGCUUUUUGUCUUACUCGAAUAAUAAAAAAUAACAAUCUAUUUUUAAUUUAUUCGUUAUGUAAUAAUCAUAUUAUUCGUAAAAGUAAUCGUUUUUUUAUUCGUACGAAUAAAAAGUACAUUAUUUGUGUACCUAUUUAAAUAGGAAGUUAUUGAAAUGAUCAUACAAAUUAUGAUUUGCAUAACGAAUUAAACAAAAAUUUCUGUAACAUGAUGCUCAUCUCUAAUAUACAUAUACUGCAUAGUGUUAUGUACCAUGUAUUGUAUGGAGGAUUCUAUAUAAUGUCUAUGCGCUUUACAAUUAGACAACAAGUGUCAAUAUAGGAGACGUAUAAUGACUAUAAUGAGUAACAAUGUGCAAUGCUUGGCAUAGAGACUUUUGUAUUCCAUAUACAUAUAUUCCAUUAUACAUACACGCAAAAUCGAAUGCGCAAAGAUCUGAAAGAAAUCUUGUUUUUUCUAAAUUGAUAAGUGUAUUGAUUUUAUUUACUCUAGUUUUAUACACAUGUACUGCAAUAUUAUCAUUGGUCUAUAAUUUUAACAAAAUCGUCAUCCGCGCUCAAUACGUUAAAUGCCGUCGUAUGGUCGUAUGAUGCGUAUUUACGUACGUUUAAGAAUGUACAAUUAUUUAUCCAAAGAAUAUGUUGUAAGAUUGUAUACAGUUUAAACUAAUUUUAGUUAGAUUAUGCAAAAUGUAUAAUCGAGCUUUUUAACAUUUCUAGAGCCAUACACACAGUUUUGAAAUCCAUAACUUUUCCUUGUGCCAGAAUUAUCCAAUCAUCAAUUAUAAUAUACAUUAUAAUUAGUGAUUUGAUAUGAUUAAGGAUUUUUUAAAAUUUAGAAACUGUAAUUAAAGACUGUUGUAAUGAAAGAAAGUGUUAUUGAAAGGAAUGAGCGUGUGUGAUCGAGCAUUUCUGUAGAACAUGUCCGUUUUGCGAAUAUAAGUAGAAUGUGCCAAAAAAAACGACGCAUAAAUCUGUUUUUAACAGAGCUUGAAGAUAUAGUUUAGGCUUUUUUGUGCUACAUGCAAGUGUUCUUAAAAUGUGAAUACGAUCUACAACAAUGACAGUGUCGUCACGUCAAUCUUGAAAAUAUGCAAUAUAGCAGCCUGUAUUAUAGACACAUACAUCGAAUUGAAUUUCUAUCGAAACGUGUGUGUAAGUCUGAAUGCAUGUAUAGGGACACGUAUCAUAUAUGCCAUACCACACGUGCGUACCUUAACUACAAGUAAUAGUAUCGUAAGAGCUUCUUAUCGGUAGGAUACACGAAAAGUUGCAAACGUGUCUCAGCGCUCGUGCAACGGUAUUGCGUAUGUGCCUGUUGUUGCUUGAUUUCUUUUAAAUUUUGCAAAUCCGUGAUCAGUAUAACUAUUUGUUGAAAUAUGUUUAAUGUAUCCGCUAAAUUUUAUGCGAUCGAUCCUGACUCAUUGGCAAACGUGGUAAAUUUUUUUGUACAUAGCUGCAGUGCAAUACUAAAUUUUCAACUAGAUCUACUAAAAUAUUUCACGGCUGUGAGACAUGUUUCGUAACAGAUGGCUAAUGAAAUUAUCGAAAGGAAUCUACAAAUUGUCUCUAUUUAUCCCAGUGCAUGUAAUGGAAAGAAGCCUAUAUAUGAAAUAGCAGGGAAGACAUAUUUAUUUUUAUACAGUGUCUUCUAGACGUUUUAAUCAGCCAAAAUAUAAUGAAUUACACAUUCGGUAGAUUGUACGAUCGUUAUAUAAUAUUUAUUUCAUAAUUCUAACACAGCCUUUCAGAUAUCAUGUGAUAUACUUUGAAAGAAAUAUUUUAAAAUCCGUUUAUACUUAGCUGUACAUACAAACAUGCUUCCGAUCUACUCAUUUUCGCUUCAUUUCAGAUUAUGUGGAUUUAUAAAAUAUACACUAAUGUUAUAAAACUUA